AGUAACUCUCCUGUCCUUCCAGGUGGGGGUAACGUGAGGCUGGUGAAUGGAGGCAGCCCCUGUGCUGGGAGAGUGGAGGUUCUUCACGAAGGACAGUGGGGCACAGUGUGUGAUGAUGACUGGGACAUGAAGGAAGUUGCAGUGGUGUGUAGACAGAUGCGAUGUGGAAGAGGAGCACGAGCACCAAAAAGAGCUCACUUUGGAGAAGGAAAAGGGAAGAUAUGGAUGGAUGACGUGUCCUGUAAGGGGUCAGAGUCGACCCUGAAGAACUGUAAACACAAAGGAUGGGGAGUUAGUAACUGUGGUCAUGUCAGUAAUGCUGGAGUCAGCUGCUCAGGUCACCGUGAGGUCAGACUGGCACAAGGUCCACACCUGUGCUCUGGGAGAGUAGAGAUGCAGCACGGAAUUACCUGGGGCACAGUGUGUGAUGCUGCCUUUGACCUGCAGGACGCAGAGGUUGUGUGUCGGCAGCUGGGCUGUGGGAUCCCAGUGGAGGUGCUGGGGGGGGCUGCGUUUGGCAAGGGGGGCAGAAAUAUGUGGGCAGAGGAGAUCCAGUGUAGAGGGAAUGAAUCACAUAUUUACUUCUGCCCAAAAUCACCUACGAAGAAGCAGAGCUGCUCACAAGAAAAUGCAGCAGGACUGGUGUGUUCUGGGUACAGAGACUCCAGGCUGGUGGGCGGCCCUGACUCCUGCUCCGGGAGGGUGGAGCUGCAGUACCUCAGUGAGUGGGGGACAGUGUGUGAUGCAUCCUGGGAUAUGAGAGCAGCCAGUGUCCUCUGUCGGCAGCUGCAGUGUGGAAACACUGUGGCAGGGCCAGAACAGGCCUGGUUUGGAGAGGGGAGGGGCCGCAUCUGGGCUGAUGUGUUUGAGCUGUACAGCUCCUCCCUGUCUGGGACAGGGGACAGUGAUGUGUGUCUGACAGGGUAUCAGUGCUCUGGCAAUGAGUCUCACCUGAUAAACUGCAGUGAACCACACAGAGUCAACUGCAGCUCCAGUGCACAGGUGUCCAUAGUGUGCUCCAAGCACAGAUCCCUCAGGCUGGUGGGUGAUGCUGGGGGCUGUGCAGGGAGGCUGGAGGUGCUCCACCAGGGCUCCUGGGGGACAGUGUGUGGAGACUCCUGGGACCUGAAGGAUGCUCAGGUGGUGUGCAGGCAGCUCCAGUGUGGGACGGCUCUCAGUGACCCAGUGCCCACCUUCUUUGGAGCAGGAACUGGACCCAUCUGGCUGGAUGAGGUGGACUGUGAGGGGAAUGAGACGUCUCUGUGGGACUGUCCAGUACAAUGGGGACAGAAUGACUGUCAGCACAAGGAAGAUGUGGGAGUUGUGUGUUCAGAAUUCAUGGAGUUUAAACUGGCCAAAGGCUGCUCUGGACAGCUGGAGGUUUUCUACAAUAACACUUGGGGAAAUGUUUGCUACAAUAAAAUGGAUGCAAACACAGCUAGUCUCAUAUGUCAGCAUCUUAGCUGUGGAAAGAGUGGCACUGUUCAGAAUACACGGUCUCGGCUGGAAGGGGCCCCACACUGGAUUGACGAGCUCCAGUGUCGCCCCCAUGACUCCACACUGUAUCAGUGUCCGUCUGCUCCCUGGGAGGAGAAUAAAUGUGAUCAUGAUGAAGUGACUGAAAUCACAUGUGAAAGUGAGGAGAAGGAAAAUAUUCCACGUAGCUACUUGUCAUGUUCCACUGGUGCCAGUCAGAAAUUAUGUUCACGCCACUUCCCUGUGAGACUGCAGGGGGGCAGUAGCGAGUGCUCAGGGAGGGUGGAGCUGUGGCAUAAUGGCUCCUGGGGGACGGUCUGUGACGACUCCUGCGCUCCCUCUCGACAAAUCCUGUCCGUUCCGUUUGUGGUCUUCCUGGUCCUCGGAGCUCUUCUCUUCCUGCUGUUGGCUGUACUUGUUAAUCAGCUGUACCAGAACCGAGAGCUGAAAAGAGCUAUGUACAUGGGGUCGCUCCCCAGUCCACAGGAGCCCAUCUAUGAGGAGGUAGAAUACAACCUGAUCCAUAAAGGGUUUAUGGAGACAGAGGACACACCAGAGGACUAUGAUGAUGUUGAGGGUAUAGAACAGAGUCCACAUGUUUUACCAG